CGAGUGAGCCGGGGCAGGAGCGUAGGAGGCGGAGAAGGAGCCCUCCGCCAGCAGCCGAGAGCGAGAGCGGGAGGGAGGCAGCCAGCGCGCACGCUGAUUAUCCUGUUGCCCGGGAGGAAGUGGGGGAGCCGGCGCUCGCCUCGGGGUCAGCAUGGCUCGGGAGGCUGCGCCCCGGGUUUCGCCGCCGGGUGGCUCGCCCGGGAGGGGACGCCGCGAGCGCCGGGGGAGAGAACAGAGAUGCCCUGUAUCCAAACUCAAUAUGGGACCUUGCUUCAGAGCGCAGGACCCUGUGAGCGCUACCCAGCAGACCUCUUGACCCCUGAGCUUGGCAAACCCACCAUGGACCUAGUGAAUACAGAGAUCACAGCCACUGCCACCUCUCUGCCCAGCUUCAGCACCUUCAUGGACAAUUACACAGGUGAAUUUGACGCUUUCCUCUACCAGAUCCCAGCGGCCAACCCCACCACCACGUCCUUCAAGCUGGAGGAUUUCCAAGUGUACGGCUGUUACCCCGGCCCUUUCAGCAGCCAACUGGAUGAGACCAUGUCUUCAAGCGGCUCUGACUAUUACGGCAGCCCGUGCUCGGUCCCUUCUCCUUCCACGCCAAGCUUCCAGACUUCCCAGGGGCCCUGUUGGGAGAACUCCUUUGGGGCCUAUUCCCCCACUCACACUUACGACAGCAUGAGGCCCUGGGUGCCAACAGCAGCAGCAACAACAACAACGGAGCCACCCAAAAGCAGUUCUGCCCAACCUUCCUAUUUCUCCUUUGGCCCCUCAGCGCACAGUCCUGGGCUCCCCCCACAGAGCCCCCUGAAGAUGCAGCCGCCAGGCCAGCAACACUUGGUGGACGGAGAUGUCUUCUCGCUCCCACAGACCUCCCCAGCCAUGAGUUUUUCCCCCUUGCCACUCAGCCAGGCCUCGCCGGUCCUGGACGGCUCCGGCUUGAUGGACAGUUCCCUUUCUCCAAGCAAAGCACGGAGCCCCGGGUCCAACGAGGGGCGGUGUGCGGUGUGCGGGGACAACGCAUCAUGCCAGCAUUAUGGUGUCCGGACCUGUGAAGGCUGCAAGGGUUUCUUCAAGCGCACGGUACAGAAAAACGCCAAAUACAUCUGUCUAGCCAACAAAGACUGCCCUGUGGACAAGCGGAGGAGGAAUCGGUGCCAGUUCUGUCGUUUCCAGAAGUGCCUUGCAGUGGGAAUGGUCAAAGAAGUGGUGCGGACAGACAGCUUGAAAGGCCGGCGUGGUCGGCUGCCCUCCAAACCCAAACAAGCUCAGGAUGCUUCUCCGGUCAGCCUCAUCUCCUCCCUCGUGAGAGCACACAUAGAUUCCAUCCCCAGUGCUACCAAGCUGGACUAUUCCAAGUUCCAGGAGUCCGUCUCGUACCAAUUUGAGAAGGAGGACUGUGUGGACGUGCAGCAGUUCUACGACCUGCUGACAGGCUCCAUGGAUGUGAUCCGGAAAUGGGCAGAAAAGAUCCAAGGCUUCCUAGAACUUCCAAAAGAGGAUCAAGACCUUCUUCUGGAAUCUGCUUUUCUGGAGCUCUUCAUUCUCCGGCUAGCAUACAGGUCCAAGCCAGAAGAAGGCAAACUGGUCUUCUGCAACGGGGUGGUGCUGCAUCGUAUGCAGUGCGUCCGAGGCUUUGGGGAAUGGAUCGACUCCAUCAUUGAGUUCUCCCAGAACCUCCACCGCAUGAACAUUGAUGUGCCCUCUUUCUCCUGCCUUGCAGCACUUGUCAUAAUCACAGACCGCCAUGGACUGAAGGAGCCAAAGAAGGUUGAAGACCUCCAGAACCGCAUUGUCAGUUGCCUUAAAGACCACGUGACUUCCACCACCAAUGAGCAGGUGCAUCCAAGCUGCCUGUCCAAGUUGCUCGGCAAGCUCCCUGAACUACGCACUCUGUCCACUCAAGGCCUACAGCGCAUCUUCUACCCAAAGCUGGAGGACCUGGUGCCCCCGCCUCCCAUUGUGGACAAAAUAUUCAUGGACACCUUGCCUUUCUGAGGAACUAAAUACAGGGAAGCUGCCAUGGAACCUAUGGUGCUUUCUUCCAAGAGGGCAUCGGUUGGUUGGUUGGUUGGUUGGUUUUUCCACCUUCACUGUCCCCAAGAUGGGGAGAAAAUGGUGGAGGGAAUUCCCCUGAUGACCCUCCAUCCGGAGGGGAGAUUUCAGGAACAUUUCCAGAGACAAGGAUGGGGUAACUUUCAGUCCAGUGUUUGGAUGCGGAAGACUACUAGCACCAUACACUCCUCCUCUUUCCCCCCGUGCUGAAGCUUAGAGAUUACUGGGACAUUGAGAAUCACCAUGUAAUUCUCUCUGAACUUGCGGUAAUGUCUUGGAUUUU